AUGGACCGGGCACACGGAGAUCUCGAGUACGAAACCUUCCAAUUCCUGAGCGGGCAUGGCUGCUUUGGGACCUAUAGAAAGAAGAUAGGAAAGAGUAAUAGCGCCCAAUGUUGGAACUGCCAAAGAUUGGACAAGCCGGACCACAUCCUCUUCUGCAGAAAAUGGGAAGAUACCAGGAAAGACCUGGCAAGGGCAACAGACGGAAACCCGGACUUUAAAUACACCAAGCACAACAUCGUAGCAAAGAUUCUCGAGAAUGAGGUUAAGUGGAAUCUUAUCACAGAAUGGAUCCGGACCGUCAUGAAGGCGAAGGCAGAAGAGGAGAGAGAACGGGAAAACGCCGGAAGGAAGCCCGAACAAGCCAGAUAUGGAGACGACGGAAUGAUGCAGCCCAAGAUGACGACCAAGCCUGACUACGACCAUCCCGACCCCAAUUCCUCUCACAUUCCAAGGGCUUAA